CCCAUAUUAAGCCGAAGUCCCAUGCAAAUCCACUCUUAGUGCAACUCCGCAGUGCUAACCGUACGGGUCUCUCUUGGUCUCCGGCAAACACGAUGACGCCCAAUCCGCUGCCGAUACCGUGUCUGGAGAAGGUGCCCGAAGUGUACGACGACGACCACGAGCAACCGGAAGGUCCGGCCACCAUCGGCAAAACGCUCGAGACGCUUCGCGAGGAUGGUUCGAUGGUGAAGCAAAACUUAGCCCUGCUGCGCGACUGGAUCGCCAAGCAUCCGCACAUCCGGCGGUGCCGCACGGAUGCACGCUUUCUGUUGCGGUUUCUGCGCGCCAAGAAACACUCCUUCCUGGCGGCGUCCCAAACGCUCGAGCGAUAUCUGGCCGCCCGUACGCUGCAUCCCAGCUGGUUCCAGCGGCUGGACAUCCGCGACCCGGAGCUGGCCGACCUGGCCGACAUCGGGUUCCUGUACGCGCUGAAGGAGCGCGACGCGGACGGAUGUCUGAUGGCGCUGUGCGACUGGGGUCUGCUGGACCCGAAGCGGUACACGGUGGACCACAGCAACCGUAUGCACGCACUGUGGCUCGAGGCGUACGGGGAGGAUGUGCUGGCCCAGUGUGCCGGCGCGGUGGUCAUCUUUGACAUGCAGCACGUGCAGCUCGCCCACCAUAGCGUGGUGUCGCUGAGCGUGUUGCGGCAGGUGGCCCAUUACGUCAACAAUGCGGUACCGAUCCGCUGCAAGGCACUGCACGCCGUCAACGUGCCGGCCGGCGCGCUGUGGAUUGUGAACGGAAUGCUGGGAUUUCUGAACGAAAAGAUUCGCAACCGUUGCAGCUUGUCUCGCGAUUACGAUGAACUGGCAGAAAAGAUCGAUCGGAGCUUGCUGCCGAAGGAGCACGGAGGCAAAGAACCAAAGACGGAACAUAUGCGUGCGUUCCGCGAGCGGUGUGAGCGCUACCGCGAUCGGAUGCUUGCGCUGGACGAGAUGGAGAUCGACCUUGACCAUAAUGAACCAUACUCGCGGCACGCCAUGCUGGACGACAUUGAAGGUGGAGCAGUCGGUAGCUUCCGCAAGCUGGAGCUCGACUGAAUCGUCACGCGUAUGCAAAUUCUCUAUCACUUCUGAAAUUAGGCAGAGGAGUUCACGCAAGGCAUAACCGGUAUGCAGCUUAGAAAUGGAGAGCAAUAAAAUGCGUCUAUCCACGAUCA